AUGUCGCUGGACAUUCGAGUCAAGAAGGCCGAUCGCAUCUACCAUGAAGGCGAACUCGUUGCUGGCGUCGUUGUUGUGACGAGCAAGGGCGAGAUGGCGCACAACGGGAUGACGCUUGCGCUCGACGGCUGGGUCAACCUGCAGCUCUCGUCCAAGUCGUUCCCGCUCAAGCCAAAGCCCGGGCAGUCCUUGUACGAGACCUACCACGGUGUUUUCGUCAACAUCCAGUACAACCUGAAGGCCGACAUGAAGCGUUCCAUGCUGAACAAGGACUUGAGCAAGACGCUCGAGUUCUUGGUGGAGAACAAGCCAGACACAGAGAAGCGCACGGACGUUCGCGUGGAUUUCAACAUCUCGCCAGACACACUGGACAAUGUGCGACAGAAGGACCGUGUAUCGCCAUUCAAAAUCUCUGGCUCGCUCAACACGGCAACCUGCUCCAUCGUUAAGCCAUUCCUGGGUCAAUUUGUGGUAGAGUCCUCCACCAUCGACAUUAAAUCCAUCGAGUUGCAGCUGCUGCGCGUUGAGACUUGCGGAUGCGCGGAAGGCUAUGCCAAAGAUGCGACCGAAAUUCAAAACAUUCAAAUCGCGGACGGCGAUGUUUGCAGGGGUCAAGCCAUUCCCGUCCACAUGAUCUUCCCUCGCCUGUUCACCUGCCCAACGCUUGCCACCAAGAAUUUCAAGAUUGAGUUUGAGGUGAACAUUGUCGUCGUGUUCCAAGACGGCCAUCUUGUGACCGAGAAUUUCCCCAUCAAGUUGAUCCGCGACGCAUGA